CUCUGAUGGGGAUCAGUCUUGUGAGAUCUUUGGAAAGAUGAGUGAAGAGAAGGCAGUACUUGGAGGAAUGGGUGAGCCCAGGGAACCUACUGAAGAGGAUCAAUCCAUCCUGGACAAGGUGAAGGAACAGUAUGAGAAGAAGUCAGGAACAAACCCUGGGAAAUUUAAGGCGAUCCUCGUCAGUACUCAGGUUGUUGCCGGGACAAAUUACUUUUUCAAGGUGGACACCGGAGAGGACACUUAUAUCCACGCUCGAGUCUUCGUACCUCUGCCUGGUUCAGAUGAGGGACCCACUUUGGAGUCUUUCCAGGCGGAUAAGACCAAGGAUGAUAAGCUGGAGCUUUUUAAAGCUAAAGAUGAGGGUCAAGUAGUGGUCACAUGUUCAAAAAACGCCUCAGCCCCUCCUUCUUUAAACUCAAAGGACCAGGAACAAGGGGUUAAAGAACCUGAAAAGGCAUGAUCUGAUCUUCCAGAAAUGCACUUGGCUGACAACGCACAACAUUUUAUUGUGGACUGAGCGGUCUUGACUUUAAGCCUGAACACCAACCGUGUAUUUAACAUUGAUAAUAUGUAUUCAUAAAAUCCUGUUCAGUGUUCUCUUGCUCAUUGGAAUGUCAACUGAGAAAUACAAUAAAAUAUUUUGGAAGGGU